AUGUCUGCGGUGAUGAUAACACGGAAGGUGCGGAAAUGGGAGAAGCUCCCGGGUAAGAACACUUUCUGCUGUGAUGGUCGAGUGAUGAUGGCCCGGCAGAAAGGAGUCUUCUACCUGACCCUCUUCCUCAUCGUCGGGACCUGCGCCCUCUUCUUCGCCUUCGAGUGUCCAUACCUGGCCAUCCAUCUGUCCCCUACCAUCCCAUUUUUUGCCGCCCUGCUCUUCCUCUUUGUCAUCGCCAUGCUUCUGAGGACGAGCUUCAGUGACCCUGGGGUGCUGCCUCGGGCUCUACCAGAAGAGGCCACGUUUAUUGAGAUGGAAAUUGAGGCCGCCAAUGGGAAUGUCCCCGCAGGGCAAAGACCGCCGCCUCGAAUCCGCAACGUUCAGAUCAACAACCAGAUCGUCAAACUGAAGUACUGCUACACGUGCAAGAUCUUCCGACCACCCCGAGCAUCUCACUGCAGCAUCUGCGACAACUGUGUUGAUCGUUUCGAUCACCACUGUCCAUGGGUGGGCAACUGCGUAGGCAAGAGGAACUACCGAUACUUCUACCUGUUCACCACGUCGCUUUCCCUGCUCACCAUUUACAUCUUCACCUUCGACAUCGUCCACGUUGUCAUGCGUUCGGUGGAUAAUGGCUUUCUGAACACUUUGAAGGAAACACCUGGAACUGUACUGGAGGUGUUGGUGUGUUUCUUCACUCUGUGGUCGGUGGUGGGUCUGACCGGCUUCCACACCUACCUGAUCUCCCUCAACCAGACCACCAAUGAGGACAUUAAAGGAUCAUGGUCGGGAAAAAACAGAGUCCAGAACCCGUAUAGCCACAAGAACAUCUUCAAAAACUGCUGUGAGGUUCUCUGUGGACCAACAUACCCGAGCGUCUUGGACAGAAGAGGACUGAUGCAGGACGAUAUGCCUGUUUCUGCAACGCCUGCUGCACCCUCCUCCUCCUCCUUGAGCAGCAGCAACCCAGUGCCACAAACCACGAAAACCACAGCUCCGCUCAUCCCCAAUGAGCACACACCUGAUGAUGCCAAGCCGAGCAUUGCUGACUCAGCAGAGAAAAGCCCCUCCCCCAGAGAGGAGCUUCCCCCUGCUCAGAAGGUCCCCCCCCUGGCUUCCCCUGAGACCGACGCUGAAACCGCCCUCGCCAAGGACAAGAUCCAUUAGCUGCAUUCAGGGGGCGGGUCCUUGUCAUUAGCCCCUCCUCCAGCAUCCUGAAACAUUAAUAAUCAACAUGUGAUUACUGUGCAGGUGACUCUGUUAUUCCUGCCCUACAUUCCACCAGGAGAGCGGAGCUUUUGCAGCAGCUCCUCCUCUCUCCCCUCCUCCUCGCGGCAGACGCUGCAGAGCUUUUUGAUUGACACUUGCUCCUGCAGCAGGAGGAGGGAUUUAAUGGAAAGUCAGCAACUUCCUCUGUCUUCUGAACACUGCAUGGGAAAGACACACAGAGGAAGAACUGCAGAGAAAAAAAACCUCUUCAUGCUAAUGACAUCCCAACAGGUCCCCUGUGGGCUGCUCUAAGUGUUUUUGUUCUUUAUUUAAAAACUGCGUAAUAACAUUUACUGUAAAAGGCCCGUUCAGUAUACUCCUUGCAAGUGUCUGGCAAAGACAAUAUAACUCCUGGACAUGUAAAAACUUCAUACAGUCAGUUUUCUGUUGUAUGCCCAUACAUGCCCUAUGCAAACCAUGAGAAGGCUAAACAAGCAGCAUUUUAAUGAGAAGGGUCACCGAUGUGAGUUUAUGAAUACAGAGCAUUUCCAGAAAGGAGGGACAUGCAAUUUCUCAGCUGAUUGAUCCUUCCAGUGACGUCUCAACCUACCUUGUGUUCUGAUAUUGCUGCAUUCACUACUGUUACUUGGGUUUAUCUUUCUUUUUUUUCACAAAGCGAUAUGAUCCAGACCAGUCCUUCCAUUUUUAUAUAAUCAAGGAUGUAGUGAGAUGUCGGUGCUCUGAAACACAUGAAAUAGCUUCAUCGCUUUAGCAGAGCUGAAGUGUUUGAGUUUGAGAAAGCCGGACUCCUGAUGAUAGUAGACACUAGUGUUACCAGUGCCUUAUCAAAAGCAGACCAACAGAGAAGCCCUUGAAAUCUGUUCUAACCGCUGAUACAGUGUUAAAUAUGAAUUGCUAAUGUUUAGUCCAGUGGUUCCCAACCUGGGGUUUGAGACCCCUAUGAGAGGUUGAAGCUAAUCUAAGCUGUCAUAAGAUUUUUUUUAAAGCGAUUUUUUUGGGCCAUUUUGCCUUUAUGACAGGACAGUGAAGACUGACAGGAAGAACAGAGUUAGGGAUGAUGUGCGGUCGAUGUCAAAGAUUGGACUUGAACAUGUGACGUCAGCAAUGCUUCACAUCUAACCAUAACGAUUUUAAUUUUUUUUAAACUAAAAAAAAAAGUUUACUGGCUUUAUUUUUUUCAAGGAGUUAGAAGAAAAAAAUAAUUCCACGGUCUUUUUUCCCCUUAAUGAGCCUGCCUGCCUUAUGUACUACUUAUUCACUGUUGUGUACAAAUAACAAGCUGUUUUUAGUUUUAAAGAAAGUCUGGAACUCCUUCCUAACUUUCUUCUGUUUUUUUUUACAAGACAAAAUCAAUGAUCUUUAUUAUUACUGAUAGCUGUAUUUCUGAACUAUGGACAGAACCAGGCUAGCUGCUUUCCCCUUUUUAGUCCUUAUGCUAAGCUAGCUCUUAUCUAAACUCUACACAGGAAAUAAGUUAAAAGGUUUAUUUCCUCAAAUGUCUAGGUAUUUCUUUUAAAAAGGAAAAUAAAAAUAAUUGAUCUGAUUAGAGAAAUGAUUUGUUUCAAUUAUGCAACAAUGUUCAUUUUCCUCAUUAUAUAAAUGUAUAUUUAUAUUUGUUGAAUUGAUCACAGCUUGUGACCUGUGAAAAAAGAUAUUUCUUCAGUUUCGGAGGUCAAAGACUCCAAAGGUUGGGAACCACUGAAUCAGAGUUCAUGAAGCAAAAACUAAGCAAAGCCAUUCUUUAACUGUAAAUAGUUGUAUCAAGUGAUGCUGACAUGAAACCUCUCAGCUAACUUGAGAGGAGGAAAGUUAAAUUGAAUUAAUUUAGUUUGAAGUGUAAGUGCAGACACUGUUAAUGAUGCUGCCUGUGAGCUUGAGCACCUCUUCCUGUAAAUCACUCCUGAGCAGAUCAUCGUCAGCCUCCUCUCUCCUCCUGUCAUCUCCUCAUUCCUUAAAGAUCUCCCCUCGUAUUAACUCCUUCUCUGUACAUCUUUGCGGUGACAGUCACUCCUACAGUACGCCUGAGGCCCCUGCAGCUGUCUGUGGCAGGUUUAUUAUGCUCGAGAAUAAAGCCGAGGCAGAGAGAAAGACGUCCAAUGCUUUUAUUUUGACACGUCUGUGUGUUUCAGACAGAUCACAGCCUGUAAUGUGGCUUCUUCAGACUUUGUUUCGUUUUGGUCACAGAUCACUGGAGGGGACAAGCGAGAGAAAGAAAUGAAGUAUAUUCUAAGUAUUUAUAUGAUGUUAGCUGAUAGCGAGAGUUUGUAAAAGUGAUUGUGUUGUAUGCAAGACAGAGUUGGUGUUUGUGAAAUAUAAUUAUGUAGGAUUUAUAGUGUGUCAACAGCAGUGCAGCAGAAAUGACUCAAACUGCUCACAGUUUCUCCUGAUGACCUAAAAAUCUGAACUCUUAAAAACUCAGGCCAAACAGAGAGAAGGAAAUGAAUUGUAGGAUACUGCAGAUGCUGUAGUGGAAAGCUGUGAAAUGAUUUUCAUUGUAUGUUGAAGCAAUGUAAACCUCAAGACCCAGAUUAGACAGUUAAAGGUAAUAAAACUUUUCUCAAGGUAACUUUUUUAAAAAUUGAUUAGUGGAGGAUUUUGUUGAUAAUCUGAUGAACUGUUUUUUCCAUGUGUUAACAGAAAAAAUACAGUCGAAUUCACUACCAAAAAUGAUGAAAUCUGGAACAUGCAAAUUCAGAUCUAUUUUUUCCUUAAUAAAAUUGUUAACAAAUUACUGACAAUUAAAAUUGAAGAGACAAUCAGGUAUUUGUGAAUCAACCAAGUGGUGAAUCCACGAUUUUGAGCUCUAGAUGUGUUUACUUCUCUACACUGGAGGUAAAAGGUGAGAGAACUAACACAUCUCUGAUAGUGGCACUAUUGUUCGGUUGAAGUAAAAAGAAAACAGAGUUUUUGACCAGAAAAAAUUCCAAAUGAGUAACAAAGAUCAUAUUUUAAAGCUGAGCUAAGAAGCAGUGGAAGCGUCUGUGGAAGUAUUUAGAGACAGUUUGGUGUAUUUGGUUACUUUGCUUUGCUGCCACAGAGAAUGUAUGUGAUUGAUAUUCGAUAAAUGAAGGGCCGUUUGUGUUGAUAAAUGUGUAACAAAGCAGAUCUUAGAGGGAUGGUUGAACUUUGAGUUUGAGCUCUAAAGACUGUAGAGCCAAAGUGUAGCUCUUGUACUGUAUGUAUGAAUCUUGUGUUAAAAUGCCAUGACGUGGUCAGAUCUGAAUGCUCUGAUCAAUCUAUUACAUUAUGUAUACAGAUACAGUAAUAUAACAUGAUGGGACUCUUUAUUUAUAUUCACUUUGUUCAGUAUCGACACUGUGACUAUAUGUAUUUCAUUCAAUUUACUUCACUUCUUUUUACAUGAUCAAUGUGUCUGGUAAAUAAACAAUAUUGUCUUAUUAUUAUUA